GUUGAUGUCGCACAGAUGAAGAAUGACCUUGUAAAUGAGACCUUUGCAUGCAGAAACGCGGUCUCUGAGUCGGACUACAAGCACGUAAGCCGCAUGUACCGAAAGGGCACGCGUCAGGUACAAUACGCAGACUUUAAUUACGUUGCGUACAAUCGCGAGCUAUAUGAUGCCUUGAAGGAACAGCAGAAGGAGGACGACGGUGUCGGAACAUCGCAAACUCAGCCUACUAAGCGCAAACAUGACGGCCAGGCUGGCGAGUGGCAGGCGAGGAAGAGAGCGCGGGUUUGAUUCAGGCUUUGUUCCGUUCCUUUACAGAGAUGAUCUCUAGUAUGUGGAAUAAACAAUGUUGAUCGGGUCUGGUAAUCGCGUCGCCCAUUCUCUGCGCAGAGCGAGUGGAGU